AUAGAAGCUUGUGAGGCCUAUAUUAUUUUAUGGCUGAAUUAUACCAUCACCAUGAGAGGAGUUUCUCCCCAAACCAAACCUUGACUUUCACAUGAUACAUACGCUGUCCAAUUUCGCUCCCCUUUCCUGGGAUUGUCCGUUGAAAUAAAUUUAAAUGGUUCCUAAGUUUGUUUCAAUAUCGGUACGAGGCGAUUAAAACUAUGGUUCCUUGCCGUGAAACCUAUGUUUUCUAUUGACACUACUAAUGAAUUAAUCUAGCUAGCAACCACGUAAAAGCCUCCGAAUGAAGAGAAGGCACGACGAAAAGUUGCACAAAGCACAUCCACUUCCCCUGACUCUUGUAUUCGCGGCAUGGCCUUGACCUUUGAUGAUCUGAGCUAUGGACAUUGAGAACCGGAAGUCAAAAACUAGUAGAAUUCGCGAGUGGUUUAAGAGAAAGAACAAGAGAGCCGACGCAUAUCAAUGGAAUGAAGUUUCAGAUGACAGUGAGGACGAUAGCCUGGAUGAUGACCUCGUUAGAUCGUUGGAGAUAGAUCCAUGCAUCUUUACCAAUGAAUUGAGAAUCUUUGUGGGUACAUGGAAUGUUGCCGGAAGAUCUCCUGUUGGAAGCUUAGCCGUAGAUGUGAAUGAAUGGCUAAAUCUCAGGGAUGCGGCUGAUAUGUAUGUUCUAGGGUUUCAAGAGAUUGUGCCUUUGAAAACCAAAAACGUGAUAGGAGUAGAAGACCCAACUGAAGCAACAAACUGGAACUUGCUCAUCGGAAAAACUCUGAACGACAAGUAUGGAUGCCCCUGGUUGACCCCCAUGUUGAAUCCAAUCUCAAGUGAAAACUAUCAUUUUGUUAGGUUCCCCGGUUUCGGAAGGAGGGCAAGUUUUAGCGGCCAUUCUGGAUUUACAGGGCCGGAGCUAUCAAAGGCACAGCAUGAAGGGGAGGCAUAUGGGGGCAGCAAAUAUAAGCUAAUGGCAAGCAAGAAGAUGGUUGGAGUGUUUAUAAGUGUAUGGAUGAAGAAGGAAUUUCUCACGAAGUACUGCAUUUCAGAUGUUAAGGUUUCUUCCGUGGCUUGUGGCAUCAUGGGAUACUUGGGGAAUAAAGGUUCAGUUUCAGUUAGUAUGUCUAUUGAAGGAACCAGCUUUUGCUUCAUUGCUGCUCACUUGGCUUCCGGCGAGAAGAGAGGUGAUGAAGGCAGGAGGAAUCACCAAGUCUCAGAGAUUUUCAGAAGAACUUCAUUCCCCCGUUCUUCUGAAGAUGAUGACAAUCCUCAUCCUAUCACCAUCCUAGGACACGAUCGUAUAUUCUGGUUCGGAGAUCUCAACUAUCGGCUGUACCAAGACAACAUUUUGGCCAAGGAAUUCAUAAAGAAGCAAGAUUGGAAAGCAUUGCAGGAAUUUGAUCAGCUCCGAAAGGAACUGGAAGAUGGAGGAGUGUUCGAAGGUUGGAGAGAAGGGAACAUAGAAUUCGCACCAACAUACAAAUACUCCUCGGCAAAUUGCAAUCGGUACACGGCUGGCCUGCCAGGCAGAUCAGGAGAGAAGCAAAGAACUCCAGCAUGGUGUGACAGAAUACUGUGGUAUGGAAAAGGAGUGAGGCAACUUUCCUAUUUUCGAAGUGAAAGCAAGUUCUCUGACCACCGGCCAGUUUCUGCACUCUUUUCUAUACCAAUAGAAGUCAUGAAGGUUACCAAUCCGAGAAAGGUUUUUCCUACAGGCACCUUUCUGCCCAUGCCUUCCGGGAAACUGGAGCCAAUCGAUAGCAAAGGAGGGGCCAGAUCUACCUUGCUAUCACUGAUUUCCAAGGAAUCAGUAAAGGGUAUAGGAUCAUUGCCAUAAAACAUGCAAAUACAAUAGCAAAAACAGAGGAAGUGCAAUUUUAGGCAAUGCUGCUUGCUAUGUUGCCACAGCUGGCUUUCUAGAGAAGCAUCAUUUUAAGUAAUUUUGACUCUUGUUCUUUAGAAAAGAAAAUUUUCACUUUGUAGGGUUUCAAAGUGCAAUUUUAAGUUAGAUUGAUGGAAAGUGAAAGUUGAUUAAUAACUACAUGAUUUGUUUCCUUCAAUAGAGUGUAAUAAUGGAUAACCAGAAACAGAGAAAGUGUAAUAGUUUGGCCAUUUUGACUGACAAAUUGAAAUAUAGCAUGUUACACACUGAGAAGGACCAGCAUGAAAUUUUAAAAGCAAAAAACAGUCGAGAACACUUUUCCACUUGGUCUGCCAUCAGGCGUCUUCAAUAGAACAUAGAGCAAUAGCUUCCUAGUAUGAUUGUGUCCAUAAAAAAUUCAAAAUAGUAACACAUGCUAAUAACCACAGUUUCCAAAUUUCAGUACAUAUUUCAUAUUCAUUGGAUGCAGCAAUAACAAGUAGAGUACUUACUAUCAAUUUGCCUCAUUUGCCUGAAGAACGCCACCCAGGACCUCAACAUUAUCUGCACGACAAAGGGGACAUACGCAUCUCUUUUGCAACUGCUCACCAAGGGAAGCAUAAUUCUGUUCCAACUCAGAAGCCUGCUUGUUUCUAGUCAAAGAUACUUAAAAUUUUGUACAUAUGCAUCAUAUGUUUUACUAUAACUGUGCCUGCAAAGCGUUGCAAUCCAUUUUUACUUUGUAUACAAAAAGUUUUAGCUGUUCUUUUU